AUGCUCAGCACGCUGUUCUUUGAUGAGGCCGAUGCCAGCAGUGCCCUUCAUGUGCGGGCGACACGUCAGCCGCAUGCGGGGGGCGAGGAGGCGCGUCCCGAGGCCUCUGGUGCCCCCUUCGCCACGCGUGGUGCAAGGGGCUGCUUCAACAGCGGCUCCAUUCCGGUCCCCUCCCUGCGGGCCACGCUGCUUUGGUGGCUGGAUCGCGACGCACCCCUGGUGCACCUCAUCUUCACGAGCAGCUCACCCGGCGAUGUGAGUUACUCCUGCCGCAAAAUGUCGGUGGAGGUUCCUGCAACGCGCCAGACGAUCAUCGCCUGCGGCCUCACCCACAUUCAGGAAGGAACUGUCUUUGCCGUCACCUGGGUGACCUCGCUGCUGGAGGUGGGGCUGCUGCGGCUUCAGCUGCAACGCAACAGUGACCACCAGAGUCAACUUCUUCUUGUGCCUGCUGGCAAGGCAGUGCUGACCUCGCAACUCUCACGCGUUGCGGAGGCAUUUGAAAAUGAAUCCGAAACGCUUUUUGUUACCACCAGUGAGGUUAACAAAGAUUCUGGAGAAGCCGUUGGUAUGGGGGCUUCGCUUUCAGCAUGCGUGGUUGCAAGUCUUCCUCAAGAUCAGGUGUCCAAUGGGUUGCUUUCCAUGAUUUUCCUUACCAAUGGCAUCAGCGUGUGGUGGGUGGAGGUGGGCGAAGAUGGCGCUUUCGUCGAGGAGGAGCUCUGUAAUCAAAAUGGCUAUAAUACAGGUGGCACUGCGGUGUCCUCACGAGUUGGUGGAGUUGCGUCUUGGCUUCCCAGCUGGCCGUGGGACGGGAAACGGGCAAAGGAGCAAUGGUGUCUGACCAUCAACGCCGUACAACAGACGCAGUACAUUUUCCUCCUUCAUUGCAAUGGAUUAUUAGAGUUAUAUGACAGCUCGCGUGAUUCCACGGCUCCCAUCUCCUCCUGCACUCUAUCGAAGGAGGACGUUGUGGCUUCCAGUGUCGUGUAUCAGUGGUCCACACUCCUUAAUGACCAUAUACACGUGCUGACAUGCUUCGGCGACAAUGAAGUCUGCCGCUGUGUGUGGUCGCGUUUACCUGUCACUACGGCGGGGGACACGUUUCAAGGUGCGAGAAGCAUGACAGUAAUUCCUCCUACCGCGACCAGUGCACUUAUGGGAUGCGUUGCGAUGAGUGAAACUCAUCUUGCUCUCCUUUGGGAUGUCGGCCUGGAGGAGGACGCUUGCCUGUGUCCCCCGAUUUCCAUUGGGUCACUGCUGCACAGCACGCAGCAAGGCACCUCAGGCAUUCUGCAGCUUGUUACGGCACAGGCGAAGGAUGAGGCCGCCAACGAAGGGGACGAUCGAAGGAAUGAGAAUAAUCAGCGAAACACCCUCGUUGCGCGCCUGCCUUUAAAGGAGACGGAAGUUUACUUUUGCAAUUCGCACCCGCUUCACGCCUUAACAUGUGUAGGGGAGGAAUUGGUGCUGAUUGAGAAGAUGGACGGGAAAGUGCGGGCGCAUGUGUUAUCCCACGAAAUGAAUCCUCUCGAAGCGCUGGUUGAAUCCUCCUUUGCGGUUGGUCGUCCUGUCGUGGCCUUCACUCGGAACUCCCUUGCACUUCCGGCGAUGCAUCUCAUUCCCGCCGUGGUUCGCUACGAGGACCGCCUGCAGUGCAUGGAUACAGAGGCGUUUGAGGAGGGUGUCGAGUUGGCGGCGUCGUGCGCCGACGGUGCAAACAAUCUCUCGGCGCUACUCAUCAGUGCGGUGCAGAGCGUGCCCGUGGCCCUCACCCUUGGCGGCUUUCAGCUUCUACGUAGUGCGGCUCACCUGCAGGGUUACGCCUCGUCGAGCUUUGUGGACGAUGCCGCAAUGCGACUUGCUGUGGAGCACGCCGCAACCUACGCGGAGCUUCCUUUUAGAAACACCUCAUUUUGCAGUUUUUCACGGCGUUUUGUGCAGCAUACCGUCUCAAGGGAUCUUUUAUCACGCAUAGCCUACCUUGUGUGUUCUUACAUUGGCUGGAUGUCUUCUGGUCUGGCCUACAACACGAGUCUGGAGUUGCCGCGCGUCCGUGUCGUCCUGGAGUUCCUUUCCGCGGCGUACCACGCGAUGGGCGUUGCUGGACCGCAUGUCGCUUCCAUCUCGCCUUGUGUGGGCGAAACCGUCACCGCCGAUGUGCUGCAGCUGUUGCUUCAAUUUAAACCGGUGUGGGGCGAGGAGGGGGAGGAUGCACUGUACGCCGUACACGUGGCGAAGCGCCUCUGGGCGUGUGACGGGCAUCUUGGAGUGCGGGCGUGUGCGACGUGGUGCAAUCUCUUGGGUCGCCGCCACCCGUGCCUGCAGCACUUUCGAAUUCUCCGCGAUCUUGGCGCCGGUCGAACCGCACGUUCUUCUCAAUUUGUGAACAUGUGCCUGGCGGCUUCCUUCCACCUAGCGAGCCUGCCGGCCAGCAUCGCCGUGCCACUUCUCCUCGAGACCGGAUUGGAUAGCUCCGGUGGAGGGUUUCUGCACACGGCUUUUAGCAACGUACCUGUGGAGGAUUGGCGGGUGUUGCUCACGAACACGACGCUUGUUGCGAAGGUGUACCGCGUGUCGCUCCUUCGCCGCGUCAUUUAUCCACGGGACGCGUACCACGCAAGCGUGAGCGGGUUGCUGGUACGCGAGCUGUUUCUAACCGAGUUGGUGGAGCUGGAGCAGUACGCACGUCUCGCGGGCGCGGCCUCCUCACGAGUCCACCAGGCACUUCUGGAGCUUCAACUCGAGACCCACCUCUUCCUUGCACGCGUGGCGUUGGAUGAGGCCAACGUCGGCGAUGUCUUCCGUUCGCUGGAAGAGGUGCUGCAGUGUGCGGCUGAGCAAAAAACGACGGACAUCUACUUGGAGCGGGUCCUGUCGGUUGUCGGCGAGGUGGCGGAGUUGGCCUCCGCCUCGCAGGAAGUAACCGACGCUCUCGUCACGCUCGCCCACUCCAACGCCGAGUUAGACGGCUUUCUCGCGGCAAAGUGGUUUUUGUACGCGGCGAGACUGCCAACAAGGACGACGUCGUCGCAGGUGGAUGUCGUGCGACUGCAGGCGGCACGGGGGCUCUUCCGCUUUCUUUGCAAGCGCCACGCGUACGGGCAGGCCGCCCGCAUGAUGACAGACCUCGUCAACGUGGUCCGCUGCUCUGCACCUCGCUCGAGUGCUGUGGAGGCGGUGCUGGAGCUCACUGCGCUUGCGCUCACGGCCGGUGAACUGAUUGCGCCUGAUGUACACUUGACUACACAGCAGGAGGAGCGAGAGGCGUCGACGCUGGCGGCAUACGGGGCCACCGCCUAUGCGCAUGCCCCGGAGCAAGCGUCUUCAAAAGCGCCGUUAAACCGCAACCAACUUCCGUGGCUGCGCCGACGGCACUUUCAGGCCUUUUGCGAAAAGAAGUUGCUGAGCGCAAACCAACAUGUGGACUGCGCGGAUUUGUGGACAGAGGAUCCGCCCAGUGGGGCGCAGGAGGCAGCAGUCAGAAGAUUUCUUGAGGCGCUUAUGGAGUCGCGAUUUUGGCCAGAGGCCCGUCGCUUCGCGGCCAUGGCUGGGUACGACGUUGGUGUUGUUCUCCAGGAGCAAGUGCGAGACCUGAUUGCCUCCACAGACUACACAAGCGACGAGGAGGCGUUGGUGGAGUGGUGUGAGAUGAUUGACGGAUGUGAAGAGUUCUCCUUGCCGUCGAAUCACUUUGCUCCAUUGCGACGCACGGUUGUUGCGGCACUCUCACUCGACUUUACGCGGACACAUCCCGCUCUUCUUGAGUCCCUCGAACGGGCGGAUCGUUAUGAGGCUCUGCAGGCAUUGAUGGAAACCUUUGAGAUGCUGCUUUGCAGACAGGCGAAGAUGGCGAGGGCGAAUACGGUGAAGACUGAGGAGGAGAGCGAGGAACCGUCGCCUUCGGUAUUUUCUGACACCGGUAGCACUAGCGGCGCCAGUGUUGCCCAGCCCUGGUUGCCUCUAGUGGAGGCGCUGCGUAUCGGCACCGGUGUUCUCACGGACGCUCUGUGCAACGAUGAGGAUGCGUCAAAAAUGGGCGAGGCCUCCAUGACUGCGGGGCUUUUUGAUCGUAUGUCUCGCAGGGCACGCGAGUUGCUGGAUUCCCCGCUCCUAUUGGAGCGCCUCGGCCCGACGCGAGCCGGGUCCAUUGCAGAAACGUUUUUGAAGUCCUUUGAGGCGGUAAAGGGGUUCAAGUUGGCUAACGGCGUAGGAUACUAA